AAAUAAUAACAAAUAAUAAAAUAAUAUAUUUUUAUUAUAUUUAAAUUUUAAAUUCAAAAUUUACCAAUAGGUAAUUCAUUUAUACAAGAUAUGUGUUGUGUUCGUAAUAAUUAUUCUUAAAUUUACUACUCAUGGCUUGGCUAGACGUUGUCUCAAAAGACCUUACGAUUCCUGUUGAAUAUUUGAAGUCCACUAGUAAUUCUAAAAGGUUUCUCGCUAGUGUCCAUCGGAUUUGGUUUAGAGAUUACAUAAAUGGUAUAUAUCGUCCGUUUUUACAUCAUGAGAUUUUCACAAACGAUGAUGUCCGUGCGAAAGUCCAGCAAGUUGAAAGUUUGGGUGAUACUUGGAUAUAUGUUUUAAUAACUGUUAUUCAAAAAGUGGAUAAAUCUAUGAUUCCUUUGGCAAGACGACAUGAAGCUGCACAUUUUGAUAAAGAUUUAAGUUAUUCACAACAAUUGCAAUAUGUAACAGUUACUAAUAGAAAAAAUUUGUGGAAAGAAGCAUAUAAAAAAUAUGAUGGUUUUUUCUGUAGAGAAAAAUUUGCUCACUCAAAUGUAUGUCUAUCUCCUCAUGAUACAAUAAUACGAGAUGUAUUGACUCGUUUUUAUAACUGUCCAAUAAUCAAUUUACAAGAACAAUCUCAUAAUAAAACAUCCUCAACAACUGAAAACGAAUCUCAUAGCAAUAUUUUACCUGCUAACUUAGUUUUUGAAACUAAUAAGUAUUUUUAUCUACUACAGGAAACAAAUAAUGUACAUUCAUUACAAGAUUGUAUAAAUUAUAGUCCUGCUUUGUUAAAAUCUAAUCAUGCUCGUCCACUAUUUGUUUUAUAUCAACUUUUGAAUGCAAUGCAAAAUACCCAUGACCAAGGACUUGUAUUAGGUGACAUUACUUUGUCUGAUAUCAUUGUUUCCCCGGAAUUAUGGAUUCGGGUGCUUCCAAAAAUCACUGACAAUAUUUCAGAUGCCGAUGAAUUUAAUAAUAGUUAUGAUGAAACAGUAAAAAGUUUGACUUUUGAGAAUUUAGCAGAAACUUGUGAACAAUGGGUUCGUGGAAAUAUGACCAACUUUGACUAUAUUAUGUUUUUGAACAAACUAGCUGGUAGAAAGUAUGGUGAUCCUAAAUGCCAUUAUGUAUUCCCUUGGGUAACUGACUUUAGUUCUCGAGCUGGACUUAAUUAUCGUGACCUCACUAAAUCUAAGUAUAGAUUGAAUAAAGGAGACAGGCAGUUAGAUUUGACUUAUGAUAUUGGUGAUGAAAAAACUUCAGUUUUGACUCCACAUCAUGUUCCUGACAUUUUAUCAGAAAUAACAUACUACGUGUAUCGUUCUCGGGUAACUCCGCGAUCAGUCCUUUGUCGUUAUAUUAGAACAAAAUUUGUGCCAGAAGAGUACCCUUCAAGCAUCCAGCGCAUGCAACAAUGGUCUCCAGAUGAAUGUAUACCAGAAUUUUUUACAGAUCCAUCAGUUUUUAAAUCUAUACAUAAAGAAUUACCUGAUUUGGGUAUUCCAACAUGGGCAGAAAAUGUGCAAGACUUGGUAGAUACCCAUAGAGCAAUAUUAGAAAGCAAUUAUAUUUCAGAACGUUUACAUCAUUGGAUUGAUUUAACAUUUGGAUACAAACUAUCUGGUUCUGCUGCUGUGAAAUCAAAAAAUGUGUGCCUUCAGCUGUGUGAUAAUCAUACCUAUCUGUCUUCAUCUGGCAUUGUACAGUUAUUUACUCAGCCACAUCCUCAAAGGCUUUUACCUUCACCUUACUUUUCUCGCAUUCCUCCUAUUAUGCCUAAAUUAAAAACCCCUCCGUUAAGCGAGGAACAACAUAUCAAUGUAGCUGCUGAUAAUGAAACAUCAAUGAAUGGAUUCAUAAAAUAUCUAGACAUGUCUAAAAUACCGCUUUGUUUACCGCCUGAUUAUAAUCCUGCAACACCAUUAAUCACUCUAGAUUCAUUAAAUAAUUUCUUGAAUGGAGUAUGUGCUAAGACAUUGAGAUCUUCUACUUCUAAUGGAUUUCAUACAAAAGACAUGACGUCAUACAAAAAAAUCAUUGCAAAUCGAAGGGCUCAAGAAAUUCAAGUUUUAGGUUGUUUAAUUAUAGAAUUAUUUUUGGGAGACAAAGUUAUUGCCCAUGGAAGUAAUCUUUCAUCAUUGCCCUUUUUAAAAAGACUUCAAAGCUGUCGUGUGAUUGCUUCAACAUAUCAGAAAGAUCUUCCAGACUGCAUUAGACCAGUGGUCAAGUUGUUACUUCAAAUUGAUAAAAUUCCUUUAAAUGAAAAUCCGUCACCAUUUGACUUCAACUGGUGCUCUGUAAUCACAGAUUAUGGGCUCCCGCCUCCGACUCCCCAUCAAUUACUUAUUCCUUCUCUUUCUUCUUCUAUUUUGCGUUUUCCUAAUUAUUUUUCCCACGUACACAAUAUAUUAAGAAUGUAUUAUAAUUACAAAACAGUGAAAUCUGAAAUGGAAAAUGUUAAAAACUUAUUGGAAGAAAAUCAAAAGUUUGCCCUUGAUAUGUUUGAUACAUUAUGUAUCAAACUUAUUGUAGAUAUCGAACAAGAAAUGUGUGAAUUAAGUGAAUCUGGAACUUUUGGAAUACUUGCUGACAGUACUUGGAUAGAGUUUUUAAUUCCUAUGGUUAUUGAACUCUUGUCUGAUACUAAUUGCAAUACUUUAACAGCUUUGCAUUUAUUGGAACCAUCAUUUAAAGCCUUAGGUAUGCAAAAAUCUAAGGAUUUACUCCUUGACUAUGUAACGAGAUUGUAUGAAGAUUGCUUGAAAGAUAUUGGCCAAGAAAAUAUUCCCAUGCAUCAUAAAUGGCUUAAAUUAUAUCAAAAAUCAUUUUUAAUGAAAUUAAUUUCUGGUUUUGGAACUAGUGUAUUUUUAAAAAAUUUUGUGCCAAUACUUGUUGAAACAGUUGGAUCUGGAUGUAACUUUAACAGAGCGUACCCAAUCCCAAUACAACACCUUAAUGAUCUUUGUGGCUCAUAUCCAUCAUAUGAAAACAGUUUAAAUUCUGUUAUAGACACCAGUCAAGCUGUUAAAGUUGUUGAAAAUGAUACAUUGUCUCUGGAUGAUGAAGCUUUGACCAAUAGUAUAGUUUCUCUUAAAGAUGUUCUGUUAGAUGAUCAAGGUGUAAUAAUUGAUGAUGAUACACAAAGUGCUGAUACUAAUUUUAGUGACGAUAAGAAUUUGGAUGAAGUUAUAAUUGACUGCACAGAAGAUGGUGAAGAUAUAUCCCCAUCUUGUAAUACACCUGAUUCUGAAAAAUUCAGUAGUGAAGAAAAUCUAAAGAUAUCAGAAGUCAGUGCAGAUUCACUUGUGUGGGUAUCCGUUCGGAUAGGUCCUGUUCAUACUUCUAUGUAUAUUACAAAGAAUCUGUUGAAAAUGUUAAUGUUGUGUUACUCAGAGUCAUUACAAAAUGAAGACAAAGCAAAAAUGGUUAUUAAUUGUCUAAUGAGCAUUGCUGGUAUUUAUGGAGAACAAGUUAUUUUGGUCCAAUAUUUACCACAUAUAAGUGAUGUGGUAUCAUUAUGCAAACGUAGCAAAAUGACCACAAAUCUCGAAAGUGGCCUAAUAGGAUGCGUAACACUGUUGAAAUAUCUAAUGUCAUAUUUUACAAAAUCUACUCUCAAUGAAAUCAGUCAAGAUACUUUGUGUAAAGGAAUUAUUCAUCCAAUGUUAAGAAUUUUAUCAUCACAAAAAGUGAUUUUUCCAUCAGGAGCAACAAGCCGUAGUAGUUUUGCUACAAAACUAUUUGAAACCAUAUACUUUUUUGGUCUAAAACAGGGUCAUCUAAUUUCAAAAACUAUACAAAGAUUGUUCUUGGUAUUUGAUAAAUUAAGACAUUUUGAUCCAAUUAUUAUGACUGAUACCAAUUCAAGAAGUCAAAGUAAUGAAUUAAAUAACAGUGAUUCUGGGGACUCUCCAUCUACAAUUAGUGCCGAUAAGCCAAAUGUCAAAACUAAAGCUAUGGAAGAACUAUGUAAAGUUUUAACGCCACAAUUAGCUUAUCAUUCCUAUACUUUAUUUGUAAAAUACUAUGGAGAAUUAUUUAUGCAGAGAACAUUGAUAAAUUGGAAUUACAUUAAGGAACUGUGUGUGACAUAUAAAGAGGAAAGAGUAUAUUCUGGUUAUGCAAAUAUUGAUUACAAUAAUAGUACUAUUAAUUUUGAAGAACAGCUUGGAACACAUCUUACUCUCAAGGGUAAUAAAAUACAUUUACAGGAUGAAGAAAUAGAAGUAGCUGAAGAUGCAAAGACUAUAGUAGAAUCUUCCAGGCAUUUAAGAGGAAACUGGUUAGCAUAUUGGGAACAUGAAAUUGGCCGUAAUAGUCGUGAUACCUGUUUUAAUUUUAAACAAAUCAAAUUACAAACAUUUAGUGGUCAUCAAUCAACAGUAAAAUCUUUAAGUGUUCUUGAUAAUGAAAAUAGCUUUAUAAGCUCUAGUCGUGACAAAACUGUUAAACUUUGGUCUUUAAGAAAUCAAGGUGAUGGGAAUGGUGUAUCACAGUGUCAAUACACUUAUUCCAGACACCGUAAAUCUGUAUUAUCAGUUGCGUAUUUGGAAAAAUUUAGAAUGGUCGCAUCGUGUGAUUCCUCAAUACAUGUUUGGGAUCCUUGGUGUGGUGGACGUCUCUUAAGCUCGAUGAAUAGUAUACCUGUUAAUAUUCUUAAAUGUCUACCCACUCCUCAUCCAAAUAUAUUAGCUGCCUCUACGCAUCCAACUUUACAUUCUAUUGAUCCUAGGAAUGGGAAGUCUGUAGUAGAACUUAAAAUAUCUGUAAAUGCCACUGGCCUCAUAAGGAGCAUUGCUGUACCCACUAAUGCUCACUGGGUUGCUGUUGGUCAGUCAUCUGGUUAUUUGACUGUUAUUGACUUGCGAACUGGCCAAGCUUUGGCCAACUGGAAAGCUCAUGAGGGAGAAGUAUUACAAUUAUUGGCUGUAGAUUCUAAUACAAUUGUCAGUUCUUCUCUUGACCAAUCAUUGUCUGUUUGGAAUGUUUCAAAUGGCAAUCUGAUUUAUAAUAUGAGAGGAUCACCUGAACCAGUCCAUUGUUUAGGCCUUCAUAGAAAUGAACUGAUUUCUGGAACUACAGCCAAUCGUAUAGGAAUACAUACUGGAUUUACCAGUGAAGCAUCAUUUUCCUCUACAAAAAUAAGAGCUGACAUAUUUAAAGGAGUCUUGACUACAAUGUCUGUACUGAGUCUUAAUCAACUACUAUUACUUGGUGCUGAUAGUGGUAAUAUUACUCUUUUAUGCUAAAGAGUGUAACAAGAGUUUCUCAUCUUUAUUACCUACAUUCAAUAUAAUUCCAAUUAUUAUUUCAUAAUCUAUAGAUUUACAUAAUAUUUCGAGUGAUUUUUAACUAUUUGUAUAUACUCUGUUUUAUAUAAAAUCACUAACUUCUGUGCACUACAGUUUGUAGUGUAUGAAGAGUACCAUGCUCUAUUGCUCUCGAAAUCUUUACUUCCGACAACAGUUUAGCUUGCAUUUUGCAUAGAUUUACAUGGUAAAGCAUUUUUUUGGUGGCUAUCAAUCAUCAAAAAGCUGACAAACAAAAAUGAUUUAUCAUAAGGUUGGGUCUGAGUGUCUGAUCAAAUUAAAUGAAAAUCUGUCACCAUCAGCGGUUAUUCUUAUAUGAGACAGAGUAUACAUAAUAUUUUAUACAAGCAUUAUAUUUUUUUCAAAAUUUGAAGAGUAUACUAUUUUAAAUUUUUUUAAAUUUAAAUAUUAAUAGACUUAAAUUUUAAAAUAAAUUGAUAAUACUUAGAUUAAAUAUUGAAUGUUUCAUGAAUCACUUUGUAUAACGUAUACAAUUAUAUUAUAUUCCUAUUUUAAUUAUUUAUACUUAAUUUAUUUUUUAUCAUUGAUAUUAUAAAAAUGUAUGUGUUCAUUGCUGUUUUUAACUUGAUUACCUAUCUCUGUAGUAAUAAUAUUAAUUAAGUAUUCAUACUUCAUAAAGAUUAUUUAAACUAAUACUAAACAUAUUUUAAUAAAUUAAUAGGGCGCUAAUGGUCCUUUAAACAUGAAUUAGUGACCUAUGCCCUAUGGUUGGUUCAUUAAAUAUAUUUAAUUUAUUAAUCUAGUUUGUAAA